UGGAUGAGGGAGGUGAUAAGCGAGGAAGGGUUGAGGUAGUCGUCUAUGGUGGACGGGUGCAGGUGAUGGAGGUGGAAGAAGGGUCGGGGGUGGUCGGCCAUGGUGGACGGGUGUGGGUGAUGGAAGAGGGGGAAGGGUUGGAGGUGGUCGACUAUGGUGAACGAGUGCGGGUGAUGGAGGAGGAAGAAGGGUUAGCGGUGGUUGGCUAUGGCGGACCGGUGUGGGUGAUGGAGGAGGAUGAAGGGUUGGAGGUGGUUGGCUAUGGUGGACGGUUGCGGGUGAUGGAGGAGGAAGAAGGGUUGGAGGUGGUUGGCUAUGGUGGACGGCUGUGGGUGAUGGAGGAGGAAGGGGGGUUGGAGGUGGUCGGCUACGGUGGACGAGCGUGGGUGAUGGAGGAGGAUGAAGGGUUGGAGGCGGUCGGCUAUGGUGGACGGGCAUGGGUGAUGGAGGAGGAUGAAGGCUUGGAGGUGGUUGGCUAUGGUGGACGGUUGUGGGUGAUGGAGGAGGAAAAAGGGUUGGAGGUGGUUGGCUAUGGUGGACGGGUGUGGGUGAUGGACGAGGAAGCAGGGUUGGAGGUGGUCUGCUAUGGUGGACGGGGGUGGGUGAUGGAGGAGGAUGAAUGGUUGGAGGUAGUCGGCUAUGGUGGACGGGCGUGGGUGAUGGAGGAGGAUGAAGGGUUGGAGGUGGUUGGCUAUGGUGGACGGGUGCGGGUGAUGGAUGAAGAAGGAGGGUUGGAGGUGGUCGGCUAUGGCGGACGGGUGUAGGUGAUGGAGGAGGAUGAAGGGUUGGAGGUGGUUGGCUAUGGUGGACGGGUGUGGGUGAUGGAGGAGGAAGAA